AUGCGGGAUGACCCCUCUGUGAAGGCUGGUGUGAUUAUUUCUGCCAAGCCAGAUUGCUUUCUUGCUGGAGCGGAUAUCUCCAUGCUCGCUGCCUGCAAAUCGGAGGAAGAAGUCUCCAAUUUGUCAACGUAUUGUCUACCCAUUAGUUGAUUUCCGAUGACUAGUUAACGUAAAAAGGGCUUAUUCUAUUUUACUUUGAAGUAACACCCAUAUAUAUAUGCUUUUCUGAUUUUUCCACACUCAAGCGCUACAGCUAUUUUGCUUUGGAUUAUUGUUUUAUUACAAGUAAUUACCUACAGGAAUCCCUACCCUGCUGCCCAAAGUUAGUGUCAGUUACAUGUCCGUGCAUGAACUUGCCGCCGACAUUUACAGUUUUCCUUGAAGCCGAAAUUUUUCUUCUGCAAUGGCGACCACGACUGUGGAUAGAUGAAGGCACCACCUCAGUCUCAUUGCCAUUUUUCUUUUUAAGGAGAGCGCAAAAUCAGUUGGCUGAAUUUGAGGCAAGUCCAAAACCCCUUGUCGCAGCCAUAAUGGGUACCUGCCUCGGAGGUGGUUUGGAGCUGGCGCUCGCCUGCCGAUAUCGCAUAGCUGUUAACGACAAAAAGACUGUCCUGGGUUUCCCAGAAGUCAAAUUGGGACUCUUGCCAGGUGCUGGUGGCACGCAGCGCGUUCUCUCAGCGGUGCCCGGCGUUGACCAAGCGUUAAAACUCGUGCUCACGGGUUCGACUCUGAAUUCGACAAAAGCGAAAAGGGCCGGCCUUGUGCAUGAGGUAAUCCAACCACUUGGUCCAGGUCUCCAUUCGGCCUCCAAUAAUACUUUGGCCUACCUUGAGGCCAUCGCAAUCGACAGAGCUUGGCAAGUUCUCUUGUGCUAAAAUUUUGCCGUUUAUAUAUUCCCCUAACGAAGACACCAAACACUAACACGCUUUUAGCCAUUCUUGUAUUUUGAAAUGGAAAAAAACCAAAGGCCGACAUUUGCCAUGCUUUGUAUGUUGUAUAACCCAAACUUGCCUCGCUGUAGUGCGCUAUCGAGGAAUGACAAUGUCUGCGUAUAUUCUGUUUUAGAAUGUUGCCUUGUUCCUCAUGCUUUUUUGCCGAUUGCAAGAACUUUUGAAGUUAAGUACUAUAAGCAAAAGUUGCCACAUGAAUCUGAGAUAUCCAAUUUACCUGUCUGCAAACUGAAAUGCGUUACUGGUGGACCAUAGUUCACAUUUCUUGUAAGGGCAGCGCCAAUGGCUGGGGUUCUUGUCUUCAAGACCAACAGGGUAUUGUAUACCGUAGUGUUCGGCUAAAUCCAAUUUAGAAGCCCUAGUCUGUUUUGCUGUCUUAACUUAUUGACAUCUUUCUGAAUCUUCUUUCAUAUUUUUUAGUGAAUUGGCUGACGGAAAACUUACUCCAUCUAAACCAACUCUAUCUGUAGCUCAGAGUAAGUCGCUGCGUAUUCGAAGGAUUUAUCAUUAGGCUUUUAUAUAUCUUCAGCUUUAAGAUAGGGAUUUCUUGUUGAUCACGUGGUUACUUAAGCCUUCCGUUAGUUGGAGGAGGAAAGGGAAACGCAACUUAUUUUGUAGUCGUAAAUUACGGAAGUGUCUGAAUAACCCAUUUUUCUCGAAAGAACAGUGACAAGGUAAAUUAUGUACGAAAUACUUAUUGUCAUUGCUCUAAUCCUGUACUCCUGUCAGCGUAGCCCACCAACGGGCAAAGAAUGCCUGUUCAGUUCGGACUUCCUACCAGCCGUUAGCGGUUUCCUACUUUGAGGCAGUGCUUAAAUGUCUUCCAUAUUUUCGAGAUGAUAGCGCCGUUUAGGCCUCCAAACCAGCUUACUAUCGUUAAACUCGUCACUCAUCUUGUAGAUAAACGGGAGUGUACUUUUGACCACAAAGCAAGCUGUUAACUCCUAUUUGUUUGCACUUGCAGCUCAAUGUAAGUUAACUUGAUAUCCCUUUUUGGGACACCUGCAAUUUUGCGCCUUCAUAGACUGUCCGUUGCCCGUGAACUCGAGCAUUCCUUCCAAGAAGCACCCUGAUCUGGCCGCCCGCACUUAGCACAUGUAUGCAGCUCGACUUAGUCGCAUUGGAGUGACGUGCUUCCUGAUUGCGGUGGAUCUGAGUGUCUGCAACCACGCAGGCGGUUGCAGUCUUGAUGUGAAGUUGAGAUAUCAAUGGCAGACGAUGGAACCAGAAAAGACCACUCCGGCGUCCCUGUUUUUGUCAACAAUACUCAAAAAGAGUUCGCUUUUCCAACAUAGUUUGAAGAAGCGUUUAGAAGCAGUCCUUGCUGUUGGCUGUCGAAUGCUUUUGCGUAUCCCAAACAUUCACUUUUUAAGCUCCGCUUUCACGGUUUCUGCACUGCCAUCAUUGAUCCGCAAACAUAAGACGGAGGCUAGUCUACGUCAGCUCUGACACAAUUACACUGUAUUGUAUGCAAUUAAGUGUGUGCAAUUGUAUGUAAUUGAGAUGUCAAAUUUGCUCGUCCACAGUAGAAAAGUGUGAAGAAUCGGGCUUUUGUUUUAUGGAAGAGUCCUAAACAACCCGAGUGGGUUACAACUCUGUUAUCUAAUUUAAACUUCUAUUUGAUAAACCGCAAACACCGCUCUCACAAACCCUAGGGUUUAAGGGACCUAGCUCUUGAAAAUAAUGAACACUGUUUUGUUGUACAGCGUGCUAUCUGCGGCAGUCGAUCUAUGCGCCACUCUAGUUUUUUGCAUCUUUCAGCUUUUGGCGCGUUUUUUUGGGAACGCUUUUCCUAUAGGCUGGCCGUUUGUAGUUCAAAUGCGUAGACUUUAACAUGCCUCCUUGACAUGCCAUCUCCAUUUAUGGCAACUACCACUGUUGUGACCACCAAUGGUCCCUCUAGCUGACGAAAGGAUUAAUAUGUUUGACCAUGAAACUCGGGAAGAUGGGCUAUAUGACCACGGAGUCGCAACGUUUUGAGCCCCACUUCUAGAGUCCAAAUCUCCUUCCAGUAUCUUAUAUAAUGAGCCCGCAUUGGGGCAGGCAUCUGGGGAUUAACAGGCCGAGUACGAUUUGCAGGCCUUUUCAUUACGCAUCUCUGUGUACGUGUUUCUAACUUCAGCCCUCUUUUUCCGUUCCGCCAUCUUUCAGAAACUAUGCGAUAUCUCGUGGGUACCACCUUCGGGCGCGGCGUCUUCUUCGAUCGAGUCAAAAAGCAGGUCAUGAAACAGACAAAAGGACUCUAUCCCGCACCCCUUAGGAUAAUUGAGGUAAAAACCCUACAGCGGGUCGCACCAUAUUCAAUCAUAUCGUCUGGCUUUAUGGUAGCCUCUUACAAGAGACUAUGACCGAAGCUGCGUAGAGCGUUCUAGCCAGUGAUUCAUGAGAAAUGAGGAAAGCAAGGCGUGGCGGGAUCUUUUGGCCUGUUGUCUAUUGUGCACGGGAGAGUUUUCUAUUUAUCUGAUUGCAGUGCGAAGUAUGCUCAUCCCGAUUACCAGAUUAAGGUCGAUAGAUGAUCCUCCCUUGCCACUUAAUACUUCCAGUCGCAGUUAACGAUUUCAGCCGAUUCCACCCCCGAUCUUCUUGACUCUGUCCUAACGCUGGGCCCAGGUUGGUGAAGGAGGGAAGAGUGCGGUAGAUGCGGCGAAAGUCCACUAUCACUAAACUAAUUUACGCGUAAGUCACCGUCCCCGCGCCUACCGUGUUGUGAGGCACACGAUCGAGCUGUCAGUUAGAGAUUUCAGACGAGUCCAAUUAUAACUCUGCAUGCAUACUGCCAGUGGGGACGGACUGGAUCGGGAUCCACGUAAUUACCCUACUGGCAGCACAGGCAGUAGCUAAAAGUCCAGACACGCGUGUUGCGCAGAUUUUCUGCCGCUGCCUGUCGCAGCUGCGACGGAUUCAGCCCAUCAGUGGGUCUCCCAGCGUUCUCGUGAGUUUUCUGGUAUAUGAACUCGAGUUCUACCUGGCCAUGUUUAAUUUCCGAGGAAAUUAAUGCACGAACUUGGAGUGAAUUCCGUCGGAGCAGACCCUUCAACUUCCGGACCGAGUCUAUGAAGGUCUGUUCCGAAAGAUUUACUCGAAUUUCGCGCAUUCCUUUUCUCAGAAAUUAAAUAAGGCUGGAUCUGGAUCCGGCACCAAUCGGGAUACGCACCAGUAACAAAUGUCAACAUUGAGGGUGCCUCCAGUGUUGGUACUUUGUACGCCAAGUCGCAGGCUCACGCCGCACUGGUUAAGACAGAAGCCGCCCUCUUUUCUUGUUGUGUAGAAUCCUGGUUAGGGUACCUUGUGGGCUAGAGAGUGUGGUGGUACUCCUAGGUUUUCACCGUGUCAUCCACAUGCACUAUCUCCCGCCUCUGAUCUUCUUGACUCUGUCAUGCAACCGGGCCCAGGUGGGAGUGGAGGAGUGCGGUAGAUGCUGCGCAAGUCCACUAUCGCUGCAAACGAACUUGCACGCGAGUCAGCGUCCGUGCUCCCACCAGGCUGUGGAGCACAUCGUCGGCAACGACGGCCGGACUGUCUAGUAGUAUUACUGCACAGAAGCUCAUAUCUGGUGGGUUCGUAAGUAGAGCUGUGCUGAACAGACUUAUAUUCCUUUGAGGUAAUUCGAAUCAUCAACAAAACUGCGUGCAUGAUUGCCCAGCUACAGCCAUCUGUCGUCGCCUGAAGAACUUCUGCUGCAUAAAACAAGUGUUGCCCAAACCGGUUCCGUGUGGACAAGGGGUUAGACUGCUGACCAGGGAUGUAGGUAAUAUGUACGGGACAUCAUGUUUUGCCUCUCUCCUCUCAACGAAGCUGCGCAACAGGGACUCCCCAGUUUGUUGACUCGGAGCCAUCAAGUUUUGCCGAAGUCAUUCCGGUUCUGUCGCAGUUAAAUUGUCGACCUUUCCGGUUACUUUCGCUGUCUGUGUCAGGGGACUGGACAGCUGUACGUCCCUGUUCUCUAUCCAUUUUAAUCUUUUAGGUUAUGAAGACGUCUUUGACCAAGGGCCCCGCCGUGGGUUAUCAGGAGGAGGCUAAGGCGUUCGGUCAACUGGCAAUGACCCCAGAAUCCAAGGCCCUCUUUGGCCUCUUCUUUGGACACUCGGAAUGCAAGCGUCGCCGAUUCCCAGACCCAGUGAAACCUAUCAAGUAG